UUUGCCGUGCCCUCGGCAUCCCCUCCCGAGUGGUGUCAAACCUGGUGUCAGCCCACGACGCUAACAAAUCCCUGACAGUCGACAAGUACUACACGGAAACCAUGGAAGAGCUGGACUUCGACCCCAACAAUCCUUCUGGAGCUGACUCCAUCUGGAAUUACCACGUGUGGAACGAUGUAUGGAUGGCCAGGCCUGACCUUCCUCCAGGCUACGGCGGCUGGCAAGCCAUCGACGCGACGCCCCAAGAGACAUCAUCAGGAAUGUUCCAAUGCGGGCCGGCGUCGCUUGAAGCCAUCAAGCAAGGAGUCAUCGGGGUGGGCUAUGACGUUGAGUUCAUGCUGGCGUCAGUCAACGCCGACCUGAUGCGGUGGAGACACGACCCUGAGGCUGAAACUGGGUAUUCUAUGGUGGACUCCAAUAACUUCCACAUCGGCCGCAUGGUCCUCACCAAGAAGCCGUACAUCUUCGACCCCCUCGGCGACGAGGACCGGGAGGACAUCACUGCGCAGUACAAGCACAGGGAGGGAACUGCUUCCGAGAGGCUGGCGCUCAUGAAUGGGGUCAGAUACUCGGAGAGGGCGAAGAGGUAUUACGCUGUGGCCAGUACCCUAAAGUCUGACGUCAAGUUCAACCUCAGAGACAUCGAUGCCGUGAUGAUCGGCAAGGAGUUCCGAGUGACGGUGGACGUCCAAAACGAUGCUGAAGAGGGCCGCAACAUCAAAGCUUCGCUGACAGCCACCAGCGUCUUCUACAACGGAGUCAAAUCAGAUCUGAUCAAGAAAGUGGAGGGAAAGAUCUUCGUUGGACCACAAAAGAAGGAGCAGAUCAGCAUCCUGGUGACGGCAGACGACUACUUGCCCAAGUUGGUGGAAUACUGCAACAUGAAGAUUUCGGCCAUGGCUAUUGUAGACGAGACCAAGCAGUCCUGGGCUGAUGACGAUGACUUCCAAGUGUUGAAGCCUAAUAUCACCAUUAAGUUCAACGACGACCUGAUCAUCGACCAACCAGCCACCGCUGUCCUUUCGUUCCCGAACCCGCUGGAUCGUUCGCUGUCCGGGUGCGAGUUCCGUGUCACGUCGUCCGGGAUCGCCGGCCGGACGCUAAGGAUCGCGGCGUCCGACGUUGGCCCUAAGGGAGUCGUGACCGCGGAGUUACCUGUACAGCCUAACAAACUCGGCAAGAUCAAUUUCGUAGCGACAUUCAAGUCUGUGGAACUAAAGGACAUCACUGGGGCUGCUAGCGUCGAGGUGUACGAAGGAUAAACGACUCUAUAGCAUAAGGAGGAAGGUGUAAUUUCAGAUGCAUUCGCAAUAAUAUGGUAUUACCAGUAUGGUAAAAAAAAGUUACCGUUUUAGAUUUAACAUCUAUUUUGGUGUAUUGAAAGUUGUAUUGAAUAACUUUAUUACGUCACAAAAUAUUAUUUAGUGUUUUAUUAAGUAAGCAAACCAGUGACAAAAAGUAAAAUGUAAGAUUUAUUGUUUGUUAUAUUUUCAAUUUUGAAUCUCUUGAAAUUGUAUGUGCCAUAAAAUGGUGUUGUUAAUAUUAUAAGUUAAAAUCUAAGAUACAUAUUAUACAAAAUGUUUACAGUCAAAACUAAAUAUUAAGGUAGCUUUUAGGUCUUUAUGUUUAGAUAUUUUAUAUCUCCAGUAAUAAAUAUUUUAUACUUUUGAAAUUGUUAUUUAUUCUUACACCAUUUAAGUAAGUAAUAAAACCGAGUUACGACCAAUUCAGCUGAUGAACAAGAAGCCAUAUUAAUAUUAGGGAAAUACGACUGUACCCUAAAAUGGACCUUUUAAAUACUUGUAGGAAUCUGAAUUUGACAUACUUUUAGUGUAUCAUUUCUCUUAUUUAAUGUUGGGUUUUGUAUUAUUAGUGAAAAAGAUAUUUAAGUAAAUAUCUUGAUCAGAUUGGAGGUUAAUUAAUUAAACGCAGUAUUAAAAACAAAACUGUAUUAUCAAUUCCAUGCAAAGUUGACCAUUUUCGCUUACACCGACCACGACACAUGUCUUUUACUUUGUUCUGGACCUACUUAUGAUACUUUAUUAGAAGGAGUUUGUUGCUAGAAUUAAUUAUUACAAUAAUUAACGAGAAAGAAAGACAAUACUCUUUCUCAUUUAGUAAUUGCAUCUACGCUAUUCUCGGUGAUUUUAAAAAGUCUAGUUAUAAUGGUGGAAUUUGAUUUUAAGCUACCGAGACGGUGCCUCUUUGCAGAACGAUGUUAUUCAAAAUCCAAAACUAUUAAUUUUUUUAUGGGGAUACAUGUUUUAA